CUCUCCCUCUCCCUCUCGCUCUCCCUCCCUGUGUGUGUAACAAUAAUACUAGUAGUAUAUCCAAUGAAAAUAGCCACGUCAGUAUCCUGGUUUAACCCAACUACCGCUUCCCGUCCCCCACCUAUCUGAGCUGUUUCUCCACUAUACAUUGGCCCCCACCCUCUCUCUCUAGAAAACACGCAGACUCCCUCUCUUGGUUUUCUUCUUCAACUUUGCUUCAUCGACCUCACCCUUCCGCUCACACCUCCCUCCCAUAUAAAAUCAAAUCCCGAGACACCUUGCCAAAUUUCCUCCUUUCGGGUCUCUCCUCCCCCAAUCUGAACUCAAUUACUCACUGAGUCGUCGACUGAAAUGCCUGCUUGGUGGGGUAAAAAAUCUAGCAAGAACAAAGAACAACAGCAGCAGAAGCAGCAGCAGCUACAACCACAAGUGCAUGACCCAAUUGGGAACAAGCCCGAUUUGAGUAAAUCAUCGAUUAAGAAUGAUAACAAGAAAGUCAAAGACAAGGCCAGGAGCUGCGAUGACUUAUUGGGAACGCGCAAUUCGCCCCGAAACAGCAAGGAUUUUGUCACUGGUGGUGGUGGUGGUGGUAGUAGUGGGUCUUUAGGGUUUUCGGGUUUCGAUUCGGAUAGGGCUCAUCCGUUGCCGCGGCCUUCGAUUUAUUCGACGCAGUCUUUGGGGAUUAUUGAUCAUCAUGGCGUAGGCGUAGGGGUAGUAGGAUUGGGAUCCGGGUCGGUUUCAGUAUCUAGUUGCUCAUCCGGAUCUUCUGAUGAUCAUAAUGCUCAGACUGAUCAGGCCCAAAUUAGCAAUUUUUUCAGAGGACAUGGUGAGACCAAGCUCAUGCCAGUAGCAAGAAGCCCAGGUCCAGGGUCAAGAGGGACCACCACCACAACGUCACCUCUUCAUCCACGAUUUUCUGGUUCAAAUUUGGAGUCUCCAACUGGAAAACAGGAAGAUGGGAAGGCUGAAUGUCAUCGGCUGCCUCUUCCGCCGGGUUCACCUUCUAGCUCUUCAACUUUGCCCACCACAAGAACUUGUAUGGUUAUUGAGAGCACACAAUCUAAUUUCUCAAGAUGGAGAAAAGGAAGGCUUCUGGGAAGAGGGACUUUUGGACAUGUUUAUCUCGGCUUUAACAGUGAGGGUGGACACAUGUGUGCAAUAAAAGAAGUCAGGGUCAUCACAGAUGAUAAGACAUCAAAAGAAUGUCUGAAGCAAUUGAACCAGGAGAUCACUUUGCUUAGUCAGCUUUCGCAUCCAAACAUUGUACAGUACUACGGAAGCGAAUUAGGUGAAGAAACACUGUCAGUAUACUUGGAAUAUGUUUCUGGUGGCUCCAUCCACAAACUACUUCAAGAAUAUGGACCCUUUAAGGAGCCUGUUAUUCAAAAUUACACAAGGCAGAUUUUGUCAGGGCUUGCCUACUUACAUGGACGAAAUACAGUGCACAGGGAUAUCAAAGGCGCGAACAUACUAGUAGACCCUAACGGUGAAAUCAAACUUGCAGACUUUGGCAUGGCCAAACACAUCACGGCAUGUUCUUCAAUGCUUUCCUUCAAAGGAAGUCCUUACUGGAUGGCACCUGAGGUCGUGAUGAAUACAAACGGCUACAGCCUUCCAGUAGAUAUUUGGAGCUUAGGGUGCACAAUUCUCGAAAUGGCGUCGGCAAAACCACCUUGGAGCCAAUUUGAAGGGGUGGCUGCAAUUUUUAAAAUUGGAAACAGCAAAGAUAUUCCUGAAAUCCCUGAUCACCUUUCAAAUGAUGCCAAAAGUUUCUUAAGACUAUGCUUACGACGGGACCCGUCUGGACGCCCUACAGCCUUACAGCUGUUAGAUCACCCUUUUGUUCGAGAACAAGGUACCCCAAGACACAGCACCAGCAACUUAACCAAGGAAGUCUCUCCUUACCUGUCUGAUGGAAGCCGCACACCGCCAACAACUUUAGAGCUCCGUUCCAAUAGGUGGAACUUAAAUUUUUUGGACGGAGACCAUUUAACAAGACCAGUGGCCUCAACCUCAAGAGCUGCUUUGAUGAGCCCAAGGGAUAAUAGUGCAAGAAUGAUCACAUCGUUGCCGGUGUCUCCAUCUUCAAGCCCAUUGCGACAAUUUGAACCAGCAUACAGGAGCUGUUUUCUCUCUCCUCCGCACCCUUCUUAUGCUUUGGCAGGGCAAAGCAAUUACAAUUUGCAUGAUUACUCGGUUCAUCCCUUGAGACACAACACAACGUACAUUCUUGACCCUUGGCGCGAAAAUCCCCAGUUCAAAACCCAAACGCCCCCCGGUGGAUCCCCAAGAGUAAGACAAAUUUGAUUGGACUUAUCGAGGCUAACAGUGCGAGGUGGAAAGAUGCAUAAACUUUGCUCAAAAGAAUUUGGUUGUGCGAAUGAAAAAAGAUAGGAAGGAGAGAGUGGCUAGUUGCUUAUUCCACAUAGGAAUGCAAGGGAUUACACGAGAGGGGCGUGAUUUAUACAUACGCCCUUUGUAUGAAAUUGAUAUUGAGUUUCUUGAUAUUGUAGCAAUCGCUUGCUUCUUGAUUGAUGUAAAUGAAAGUGCAGUCAAAAGUAUUAAAAUUUGGGUUGUAUUCGAAUGUUUCCAAAUGUAAACCUAGGAGUUCCUCUGAA